GUAAUAUAACUUUUGUUGUAAAUUAUUCUACAAUUACUUAUAUUAAUUUGCUUUAUAAUGAAUCCUGAUCGUGAUGUAGAAAUCAAAUACACCAAGAUAUUCAUAAACAAUGAAUUCGUGGAUUCCGUGAGUGGGAAGACAUUUGAGACGAUAAACCCGUCCAACGGUCGCGUCAUUACACGACUACAGGAGGGCGACAGACAUGACAUCGAUAAGGCUGUGGCCGCCGCUCGCAAUGCUUUCAAACGGGAUUCAGUUUGGCGUAAAACAGACGCUUCUAAAAGGGGUAAACUUAUAAAUAAAUUGGCGGAUCUGAUUGAGAGGGACAGCCAUUACUUGGCCUCAUUGGAGACCAUCGAUAGCGGAAAGCCAUACCGAGGAUCGCUGUACGAUGUGUUGGGAAGUGUGGCAUAUCUGCGAUAUUACGCCGGAUGGGCGGACAAAGUGUGCGGCAAAACCAUACCAGUCGACGGCCCAAACUUUGCCUAUAGUAGACUUGAACCGAUGGGCGUUUGCGGAUUUAUAACACCCUGGAACGCAGAGAUGUUAACAUUAAUGAGCAAAUUAGGCCCCGCUUUGGCCACCGGUAACACAGUUGUGGUCAAACCCGCCGAACAGGUUAUUCAUAAAAGUUUUAUUACAAUUUAUAAAAUAGUAAAUUUC